AUGGGUUCCAAUCUCCCCGCGCAACCCAACCUGAGGGUCACGAUUAUCGCGGCCGACGGUCUCUACAAACGCGAUGUCUUUCGAUUUCCCGACCCGUUCGCGGUGGCCACCGUCGGUGGUGAGCAAACUCACACCACCUCCGUCAUCAAGAAGACAUUGAACCCCUAUUGGAAUGAGAUGUUCGACCUGCGGGUGAAUGAAGACAGCAUCCUUGCCAUUCAGAUCUUCGACCAGAAGAAAUUCAAGAAGAAGGAUCAAGGUUUCCUCGGUGUCAUUAAUGUGCGCAUCGGCGAUGUAAUUGAUCUACAGAUGGGCGGUGAUGAAAUGCUCACACGCGACUUGAAGAAAUCCAACGAUAAUUUGGUUGUGCACGGAAAACUCAUCAUCAAUCUGUCCACCAAUCUGAGCACCCCCAAUACUAACCAAGCAAAUGGUCUGCAUCGUUCGAAUCUUCAGUCGUCCACGUCGAGUGGGCUUGUGCCGCAGGUUACCGCCCCUCAUGCAUCCCCCGGCCCCAGCCAACUGGAUCCAACCGCAUCGAACCCCUCGCUCAACCCUCAGCGUGUCCCAUCCACCACGAGGCCGUCCAGCACUGUCGCGCCGGUCAACGGAGCGGCGGCUCCUGGCGCAUCCCGCACCAAUCUCAGUUCAUUCGAAGACAGCCAGGGUCGAUUGCCUGCCGGUUGGGAACGACGAGAGGAUAACUUGGGUCGGACGUACUAUGUCGAUCACAACACGCGCACCACCACCUGGACCCGGCCGUCGUCGAAUUACAAUGAGGCAACCCAACGGACCCAGCGGGAGGCAAACAUGCAGCUGGAACGGCGAGCCCAUCAGAGUCGGAUGCUCCCCGAGGAUCGCACCGGCGCCAGUUCACCGAAUCUGCAGGAGAACCAACAGGCCCAGACCCCGCCGGCCGGUGGUAGUGCCAAUGCGGUUUCCAUGAUGGCCACGGGAGCGACUACGGCAGGCACUGGAGAGCUUCCUCCUGGAUGGGAGCAGCGCACCACCCCCGAGGGACGGCCAUACUUUGUCGACCAUAACACCCGCACCACGACAUGGGUGGACCCUCGACGGCAACAGUACAUCCGCAUGUACGGGCAGAACGCCAACGGCAACAACACGACCAUUCAACAGCAGCCGGUGUCGCAGUUGGGACCGUUGCCCAGCGGUUGGGAGAUGCGGCUGACGAACACCGCGCGAGUGUACUUUGUCGACCACAACACCAAAACGACGACCUGGGACGAUCCGCGUCUGCCGUCUUCGUUGGACCAGGGCGUACCGCAGUACAAGCGUGACUUCCGGCGGAAGUUGAUAUACUUCCGGUCUCAACCUGCAUUGCGGAUCAUGUCGGGGCAGUGCCACGUCAAGGUGCGCCGCAACAACAUCUUUGAAGACUCGUACGCCGAGAUCAUGCGACAAAGCGCGUCCGAUUUAAAGAAGCGCCUGAUGAUCAAGUUCGACGGCGAGGAUGGUCUGGAUUAUGGUGGUCUAUCUCGUGAAUUCUUCUUCCUUCUUUCUCAUGAAAUGUUCAACCCCUUCUACUGUCUUUUUGAAUAUUCGGCACAUGAUAAUUAUACCCUGCAAAUCAACCCUCAUUCCGGUGUGAACCCGGAGCACUUGAACUAUUUCAAGUUCAUUGGGCGUGUUGUUGGGCUGGCCAUUUUCCACCGCCGAUUCUUGGAUUCGUUCUUUAUUGGCGCGUUCUACAAGAUGAUGCUGCGGAAGAAGGUGUCGCUUCAGGAUAUGGAGGGUGUGGACGAGGAUCUGCACCGGAACUUGACGUGGACUCUGGACAACGAUAUCGAGGGCAUCAUCGAGUUGACCUUCGCUGUGGAUGACGAGAAGUUUGGAGAGCGUCGCACGAUUGAUUUGAAGCCGGGUGGUCGGGAUAUCCCCGUGACCAAUGAGAACAAGCACGAAUACGUCGAGUUGGUUACCGAGUGGAAGAUUGUCAAGCGGGUGGAGGAGCAGUUCAAUGCCUUCAUGUCUGGAUUCAACGAGCUGAUCCCGGCGGACCUGGUCAAUGUGUUUGACGAGCGCGAACUGGAGCUGCUGAUCGGUGGCAUUGCGGACAUUGACGUGGACGACUGGAAGAAGCACACGGACUACCGUGGCUACCAGGAGCAGGACGAAGUGAUCCAGAACUUCUGGAAGAUUGUCCGCACCUGGGAUGCGGAACAGAAGUCUCGUCUGUUGCAGUUCACCACGGGUACGUCCCGGAUUCCGGUCAACGGAUUUAAGGAUCUGCAGGGAUCAGACGGACCGCGGCGGUUCACGAUCGAGAAGUCGGGCGAUCCGGCGGCGCUGCCCAAGUCGCACACAUGUUUCAACCGGCUGGACCUCCCGCCGUACAAGACGCACGAAACACUGGAGCACAAACUGUCCAUUGCGGUCGAGGAGACCUUAGGGUUCGGACAGGAGUAA